CUACUGCAGCUAAAUUGUAUUAUUUUGUGUUGUUAAUUUUAGUCCAUUUCUAUUUUAAACAAGUACAAAGUAAAAUGCAAUUGUGUUUCAAUGUUGAUCCGUGUCAUAUCAACGGAUAUAUGACCAUAUUUGAAUUUGAUUUGAAAAAAUUGUUGAUCUAAGCUGAAAGUGGUUACUUGAAAUAUUUUCCUGUAAUAAUUGAAUACAAAAGAUUGUUACUUAGAAAUACUCCAGCAUAAAUAUCAUAUGUCACUUGGUAAAUUCAUUAUACAAGUAAUCAAUUUCCGUUGCAUGUGUAAAGAAGCAGCUCAUCCUAUUCAGUCCCCGGCAUUUUUCUGUAAGCGUACAAUUUUGGGAGACAUCUGCUGGUCGUACCAUAUUAUGGAAGAAACAUGUCCCAAAUCAAUUGAUUCAAUUACAUUAGGCAUUGCUACAACCACCGUUGUUGCUGCCGCUAUAGAUCAAAAGGAACAAUCGGAUUCAUUGUUGCUGAAUCAAAAACCUUCAACUUCCUUCAACUUGAAUACAUCCUCAAUGUCGCUGUUGCAGGAAGAAUUCGUUGAUUCACGACAUGAUUUUGCCGAAGUUUUGGACGACGAAACUACUACUUCAGGUGUAUUGGAAACAUUUGAGAUAAGUUCGUCCAACUCGCUUCCGCCAAGCAGUUCAGAUGAAAAUCGAGAGGUUGUAGUGGACGACAGCUCUUCUACAGAUACAAUUAAACUGGUGGAAGUAUCGGAUGACACACGCACCAAUAACAAAUUUUUCGAUGUCUCUGAAGUUUUUGUAAUAAAUGAUGAUGAUGAUGAUGAUGACGAUGAAGCCGUUGUGCCGGAAGGGGAAGAAGCGGAAAUGGAAGAUGAAUCCUUAGCGCCUGUGGAUGAAAAGGAUAUCAUUCAGCAUUGUUUGGAAGACAACUCCAAUCAGCAUGAGCACAAUCGAUUUUCGACAAACAGCACGAAUAGUCAUUUGAGCAAUGAAAUCGGCAGCGUUAUUGUAACGAACGGUCACGGUGCGACAAUUUAUUUGGAAACACCAGUGGUGGAGGAACAAAAUCAACAUCAUGCUCAGUUAAAUAAUGUGGGAGGAGAAACAGGCGAGUUUGUCGAGAAAACAGGAAAACCCAAACGUCUAAGCGAUGAAUUUAUGCUUACAGAUGAAACAGAUUCAUUCAACAAAGUUGAUGAAAACAAUGCUCGAAAUAUAAAUGCGGAGGAUAAAUCUAACGUGAUCGCAGCACUUUUAGGACUUGAUGGCGGUGAAAUACUUCCGGAUCGCAUGUCAUUUCGACUGAAAAAAAUGAACAUAAGCAAUACGACGAGUGAAAAGCCACAUGAACGUCCUUCCAGUUCGAAAAGCAAUGAAAAUGUAGUAUUAGCAAGGCCCAAUAUUGCUGAUAUUGUAGCGAUUGAUGCAAUAGAACGCACCGAUUUCGAGGAGGAACAAAGGUUGACGGGCGGUAUUAUUUUGAAAAAUAGCACCGUCGCGAAAAAGAACAUGCUUAAUUUAAGGCUGAUUAAAUCGUCGUGUAUGCAAAAUCAGCAAAAGAACUCAGGAGGCCAACAGGAUCAGUUGGAGUUGGGAGAUGAUUGUCCUAGCAGCAGCAGCAAUAUAAAUAAUAGUAGUCACAGCGGUGUUGCCCGUGCCGUUUCAUCUGACAGCAAGUGCGCUUACAAGGAUCCAGCGUCUACGCCAACAAGCAGUCGCCCACACACCAGUCGUUUAACCAAAUCUACUGCCAAACUUAAUUUGUGCUCUUCUCUAAGUCAUCCCCUACAUCAUCGGCAAGCACAAUCAUUUCAGGAUCGAACCAAAGGUGCCAACAAUUCCAAAACACAACUUAAAUUAAUACAAACUGGCAAUAAGAACAGUCUGACAUCAUUAACCUCAUCUUCACAAACAUUUACGAAUUCCGUUUCGUCUGCAUCUACAUCAGCUUCUUCGUCCUCCUCAACUGCAUCAUCAUCUUCUUCAUCUUUAUCUUCGUCUGCAUCAUCUUCAGUAAUUGUAGAGGCACCGACUGCCACUUCGACUUCAUCCUCAUCAUUGCCAGGUGCCUCGGCAUGCACAGUUGGAGGCGGUGGAGCGGAAAUAUACUCAAACUCUAAUUCAAAUGACAGUCUUAUGAGUAGUUCAUCGACAACCAUCAAUUGUGGACAGCGACAAAAACAGCAGCAGCAGCAACAACAACAACAACAACAGCAACAACUGUUACCGUAUGUAUUAGUUGAUAGAUCAGAAGUAGGAGGCUGUAGCCGCACCAGUUCUAUGCAUGCCGCUAUAGCAAUAGCAGCAGAUAAUGCUGCACAAGCUGCAGCUACCACAGAAUCAGAAGCCAUUCCUGUUUUUGAUGACGCUCAACCCUCAACUUCGUCUGCUCGCUGUCAUUAUGCUCCGUCCAUGAAGAAUUUGCGUCAAGUCCAUGCGAGCGCUCAAACAAAUGAGCGUUAUCUUGGUCGUUCAGUUGGCUCACAAAGUACAGGAAAUGGCAAUUUCCAUUUAACUACAAGCAGAAAUCGUCGUCGCGCUGAUUUAGUUGCUCAGUUGAGUCGAAGCCAUCCUCCGGAGCAAAUGUUCAAUGCUGCUAUCAAGGUGAUGGCCGAAGCUGCUGCAGCACAAGAUGUUGCUGACUACAAUGAUGAAGCUUCAUGGGCCGACUGUGAUGAAAACACAUCCGAUGAGGAAAUAUGCACAUGCAUUCAUAGUAGCAGCAGCAGCGCCAGCAAUAGCAGUCACGGCGGCAGCAAUACCAGCCUGAAUGAGACAGAUAUUGAUGGCGGUGACAUUUCUUCGGUAGGUGCUGGUGGCGAUGUCAGCGGCAAUUGCACGGUCAAAGAUGGCGAUUUGUCAAAUUAUAUACAAAUGGUUUCGAUAUCGGAGGAGGUGGGCAAUAGCGGCACUAACAACACGCCGGAGAGUACAACCACCUGUGCACACAUUAACGCGCAGCAGCGUAAGCGAAAAUAUGACAGUCGUCUGAUGGAUGCUAACGCCAGUGCUGUAAUCACCAGCAGCGGUAAUGCCGCCAACAUUGACGAUGUUAAUGGCAGGAAACGUAUAGCUUAUGAUUUUGCGUUAACGCCACGCCACUCUAGUGCUUUAGUAGCUAAACCCUCCACAACUUCAACACAAUUGGUGCAGCUAUCAUCAAUCAGCAAUUCACCUGUGGGUCGUCGUACACCACGUUCCAUUAUACCCACACGUGAGAAUCCACCGCCCGAAUUACAGCAUUGGCUGACACAAUUUCAACGUUGGACACACGUUGAGCGACUGAUGGCCAUCGACCGUUUGAUUGAGUAUUGCGAGCCAACACAAGUGCGUCACAUGAUGAAGGUGAUUGAACCUCAAUUCCAACGCGACUUCAUUUCGCUACUGCCGCGCGAACUAGCAUUACAAGUGCUCACUUAUUUGGAGCCGAAAGAUUUGCUGCGUGCCGCACAAACUUGUCGCAGUUGGCGCUUUUUAUGUGACGAUAAUUUGUUGUGGAAGGAGAAAUGCCGCAAGGCGCAAAUACUCACGGAGCCACGUACGGAUCGACCGAAGCGCGGACGCGCCGGCAAUAUGCCACCAAUUGCCUCACCUUGGAAAGCGGCAUAUAUGCGACAGCAUAUAAUCGAAAUGAAUUGGCGUUCGCGACCAAUACGCGACCCGAAGGUGUUGAAAGGUCACGACGAUCAUGUUAUCACUUGCCUGCAAUUCUCGGGCAACCGCAUAGUGUCCGGCUCAGAUGACAAUACGUUGAAGGUUUGGUCGGCUGUGACUGGCAGGUGUUUACGCACACUGGUUGGUCAUACUGGUGGCGUCUGGUCCUCCCAGAUGUCAGGUAAUAUAAUAAUCUCAGGUAGUACCGAUCGUACACUAAAAGUCUGGGACAUGGAUACCGGUCAAUGUCUACACACUUUGCUGGGGCAUACAUCCACCGUGCGUUGUAUGCAUUUGCAUGGCAAUAAGGUCGUCAGUGGUUCGCGCGAUGCGACUUUGCGUGUGUGGGACAUUGUGCAAGGUUCGUGUUUGCAUGUUUUGGUGGGUCAUUUGGCGGCAGUGCGUUGUGUGCAAUAUGAUGGCAAGUUGAUUGUGUCGGGCGCUUACGAUUACAUGGUGAAGAUUUGGCAUCCCGAGCGACAGGAAUGUCUACACACACUCUCUGGUCACUCAAAUCGCGUCUACUCCUUGCAGUUUGAUGGUAUACAUGUGGUAUCCGGCUCGCUAGAUACCUCUAUACGCGUUUGGGACGUUGAGACUGGUAAUUUGAAACACAUACUUAUGGGGCAUCAAAGUCUGACAUCCGGCAUGGAAUUGAGACAGAAUAUUUUGGUAUCUGGUAAUGCCGAUUCCACGGUGAAAGUAUGGGAUAUCACAUCAGGGCAAUGCUUGCAAACUUUGUCGGGUCCCAAUAAACAUCAAUCGGCCGUAACAUGCUUGCAAUUCAAUUCACGUUUUGUCGUAACGAGUUCUGAUGAUGGUACAGUGAAACUUUGGGAUGUGAAAACUGGCGAAUUCAUACGUAAUUUGGUCACAUUGGAUUCGGGCGGCUCCGGUGGUGUUGUCUGGCGCAUAAGAGCGAACGAUACGAAAUUAAUAUGCGCAGUCGGUUCGCGUAACGGUACGGAAGAAACCAAACUCAUGGUUUUGGACUUUGAUGUCGAAGGAGCUUGUGUAAAAUGUUCAUAGAAAUUGUGGCCAUCAAGUUGCUGCAAAUAAUUACUAUAACUAAUUAAACAUUUAACAGCUAAGGAGCAGAAAUUCAUAAGCGUGUGAAAAAGCGUACACUCCUCACAAAAGACUCGGUAAACGCGACACAUGUAUGUAUGUAUACGGAUUUCGUUGAAAUUGUCGAAAACCCGUUGAAAUUUUUGUAAUGUCAAUAUACACGAGCGUCACACAUCUUUCGGAUGGAAUUUUACCUCCUAAGUUAGUACGAAAAUAAUGGUUAAUCAUGUGUUGUUGAAGAAAUGCCUCACUGCAAAUGAAAAAUAUGAGAUAGAAAGGCGUUACCUAAUUGGAGGAUAUGCAUACACAAAAGUGGCUCUAAAUAUUUAGCUUAUCUUGUUUAAAAUUUUUUAAGAUUAAUCUUAAUUUAGUAGAGAACUUAUACGAAUUCAUUUAACCAUGCAGAAAUGAGCAACCAUUGAAUAUACCUUCCAGUUGGGUAUAGCUUUUGAUUGCUAUGCAAUAUCGAUACAAGUUUUGUAUGUCUCCGCAACAAGUUAUGGCAAUUAUACAUAUACAUAUACCGUUAUAAUCGCGUGUAAAAAAAUGAGAGGAAAAAAUUGUAGAAAUUAGAAAAUUUAAUUUUGGUAAUUCGUUUUACAUAUUCGCACAUACAAAGGAAAACAAAUUGAAAAACAUUUAUACACAUAUUUUUUGUGUUAGUAGUACAACUAAUUUGUAUUUUUAAUGUUUACAUAUUUCAAAUAAUUUAAGUUAUCCGAGUUUGAAUUUAACACAUUUUAAACGAAUUCGUCUGUUAAAAAGAAAACGUGGAAAAUAAUCGAAACAAUAUAGAUCAUAUUUAUAAUGAGAGCUUUAUAAUCUUAUCAUGUACGAGUAUGCGUAGCGAUUUGGUUUGCGAUUAUAUACAUACAUACAUACAUACUUAUAAAAUAAUGUCAAUUGAAUUUGUUGUAAAAAUUACAUGUUUGAUUCUUCAACACUUUAGUUACAUACAUAUAUAUAUAUAUACGAAUAUAUAUAUAUAUAAAUUUCUUUAUGCAGUUUUUCCUUGCUGUCUUUCUGUUUUCCCGUUUUCUUUACUAUUGUACUGUUAAACCUUUUUAUGUUGUUGGCAAAGGUUGAAACUACUAGCAACUACUUGCGAGCAACAAGUAAAUAUUUCAAGCAUACUCAUGCACACAUUGAAGUAAUUGUAAAUGAUUUUAUUUAGACUUUCAAUUGAAAAUUAUGUUCUUCCACAGAAAUCACCAGUCGCCAGUUUUCCGUUGUGGCUUUGGUGGUGCGUAAUUUGUUAACCAGAAAAAAAUUAGUAAAUUUCUGUUUUGCUUAUUUUUUGUUUGAACAACUCGAGUUUUAAGAGUCAUCACGUUAAUAGUUUUGUUUAAAUUGUGUUAUCAAACCAAACAUUCGCACACACAGUUGUUAGGUAGUAUUUUUUUUAUUUUUAUUAAAAUAAUUUGUAUUUUCGCGAUUUGUUAGCUUCGUUCAAAGCAUUCUGAGUGUAAACACUGAGCAAUUGUUAUAGUCCGUUUUCCAUUUAAGCAACACACGCUGUCAGUAUCUUCAGUUGAUUAAUUUGAAAUAUGGCUUGUUACAUUUAAAAUAAGUAUAGUACAUAUGUAGUUGCCACGAAUAUUGCCAUGCCGAUGAUUUUUACGUAAAUUUUCUGCAGAGAAAAUCCGAAUGCAUAUUUAUAAACAAAAGCAAGCUAAACGAAAUUGGAACAAAUGCAAACCUAUCGCAGUUAGUAAUUGCAGAUACAGCCUAAGUUUGAAUGUAUAAGAUAAUUUUGUGUAGCAACGCACACAUGCAUAGGCUACACGCCUCACAGCAUGCUACAAUAGCUAGAGUAUAUAAGCGAGAAUAUUAAGCCUUCGAUUCAAUUGUUUUGAUAAGCAUAAAAACCAUUUAAGGUUUUUAAUAAAAAUUAUUAUUUUUUGUGUCUGUUUUUUUUUUUUGUUUAAAAGCUGCAACGACAUUUGCAAGUUCGUGCGCUCGUAACCCCCUCCCCCUCCCCAAUUCAUGUGCGUAUGUGUGUGUGUGUGCGUCUAAUAUAAUAUCUAUUAAGUAAAGCAUAAAAAAGAAGCAAACAAAUUGAAUAUUAAAUUUUAAUUAUAGACUGAUUUAUUAGUAACUAAUCUAUAUUUUAAUAACAUUACUGUAUCAGUUUAAGUAUAACAAAGUAUAAGAAAAAACAACGCAAAACGCAAAAAGAAAAAAAAAACGAUGCGUCAAGUAUGAAAUAAAAUGCAUUAAGAGUUCAGGUCCAAAUUUUGCCGUCGCAUAAAAACCACAACAACAGCAGCAACAAGCCAAGCGAAAGCAGUAAAAAAAGCAAAGUGUUGGCUACUCACAACAAAACAUAAUCAGUAUAUACAAGCGUACAUAUAUAUGUACAUACAUAAAUACAAAUAAAUAUAUAUAUAUA